UUUUUUUCUUUUUUACUUUUUUUUUAAAAAAAUUUAAAAUUAAUAUUUCAAAUGACUAUAGAUAGUAACUUUACUUUUGGUUAUGUUGACGAAUAUACUCAACUUUUGACUGACCUUCAUAAUGAUUACUGUCGUGAUGAACCAACGGAUGUUGUCCAAUAUUGUGCUGACUUUUUCAACCGAAAAUUAGCUGAACAACGCUCUCAAUUCCGAGAACAACGACAGGCCAUGUUUAAUGGAGGAAAUGAACAUCACCCACUAGCAACUAAUGGAGAAAUGGAUAAUGGACCGGAUACACAUACUUUCCAAUGGAUGGAUAGUGACGAUCGCCAAGAUGAUGAAGACGAAGAUGAGGAUGACUUUGAUGAUGAAGAAAGAGACAAUUUUUCAACUGCACCUUUAAACACACCCAUGACCAUGCCUACCAAUUAUCAUCGGGAUCGACGUACCUCUGUCAGUGCUGAAUCGAUUGCUCCUUCUCAAAGUCAAGACUUUAUCAAGACGGUGAUUCCAAAGACAACUGAGCAAUGUGAUCGUAUUCGAUUUAGUGUAGGCAAUAACUUUUUAUUCAAACAUCUGGAUGAAGAACAAGCACAAGAUGUGGUGGAUGCCAUGGCCGAAAAACAUGUGGAAAGUGGAGAUCGUAUCAUUGAACAAGGUGGUGUAGGUGAUUACUUUUAUAUUGUGGAAUCUGGUACUUUUGAUUGUUUUAUCAAGCAACCUAAUAGCGAAGAACAAGUCAAGGUUGUUAGUUAUGAAGCUGGUGGUAGUUUUGGUGAACUUGCUUUGAUGUACAAUGCUCCUAGAGCAGCUACCAUCAUCGCUACUUCUCCUAGUGUUGUCUGGGCUUUGGAUCGUAUCACUUUCCGAACUAUUUUGAUGGAACACACUAGUCGAAAACGUCGCAUGUAUGAAUCCUUUUUGGAAGAAGUCCCAUUACUCAAAUCCUUGAAAUCUUAUGAACGACACAAGAUUGCUGAUGCCUUGGAAUCUGUCUAUUUUGAAGAAGGUCAAACUGUUAUCAAACAAGGGGAUGUGGGUGAUCAAUUCUAUAUCAUUGAAUCUGGAAAUGCUGUCUUUUAUAAAUUGGAUGAAAAUGGUGUACAACAAGAAGUAAAUCAAGGUAGUCGUGGUGCUUAUUUUGGUGAAUUGGCUUUAUUGAAUGAUAGUCCUCGUGCUGCUACUGUGAUUGCUUCUGGUGGUCGUUUGAAAUGUGCUACUUUGGGCAAAAAGGCAUUUACUCGUUUACUUGGUCCUGUACAUGCCAUUUUAACAAGAAACAGCGACAACUAUAGAGCUGUGAUCAGUCAACAAUAGUUAGUAUUUUCAUCCUAUCUCCUUUUUUUUUUUUUUUGAUUAUCCUUUUAUUUUUUCCCAUUUGUAUUCCCUCUUCCAUUCCUUGAGCUUUUUAUCCUAUUUUUAUUAUUAUUAUUAUUAUUAUUAUUAUUAUU